AUGGGUCUACAGAAAAUUUUUGUGUUCCUUUUUUUAUUUAUUAUGUGUUAUAGAGCUAACAGUUCUAUGGUGAAACUUGUGAUUGGUGGAUAUGAGGAUAUUGUGAUUGCAAUAAAUCCAACUGUAACUGAGAAUGUCAAGAUUAUUGAAAACAUUCAGGAAAUGGUGAAUGAAGCCACAGGUUAUCUAUAUAAAGCUACAAAACAAAGACUCUUCAUUAGAAAUGUAAAAAUACUAAUUCCUUUGACUUGGACAAAACGUUCCAACUACACAAAAACUAAAACAGAAACAUAUGACAAGGCAGAUAUAAUUAUCGCUAAUCCUUUUCUGAAAUAUGGAGAUGAACCUUAUACUUUGCAAUAUGGUGGCUGUGGGGAACAAGGAAAAUAUAUUCAUCUUACUCCAGACUUCAUGAUCCAUAAUGGGCUGAGCAAUACGUUUGGCCCACGAGGAAGAGUGUUUGUCCAUGAAUGGGCUCACCUUCGCUGGGGGGUAUUUGAUGAAUAUAAUAAGGAAGUACCUUUUUAUAUUGCCGGAAAUGGAGCUGUAGAAGCAACAAGGUGCUCUCUUAAUAUUAGAGGAAAAAAUAUAAUUCAGCAAUGUGUUGGAGCUUCUUGCACAAUAGGGAUGUGCAGCGUUGACCCCAUCACUGGCCUUUAUGAAGAUGGCUGCUCUUUUGUUCUUGAUAAGAACCAACUUACUCAAGAAUCCAUCAUGUACUCACAGGCACUACCUUCUGUAUCUGAUUUCUGUGAUGCAACUACCCAUAAUAUAGAGGCUCCAACCUUGCAAAACAGAAUGUGCAACUUGCGCAGUACUUGGGAAGUCAUCAUGAAUUCCACUGACAUUAAAUCUACUCCUCCAUCAAGUAACCCAUCUGUACCUGCUCCUCCUACGUUCUCCCUAUUGCAGCCCAGCGACAGAGUCGUCACGUUAGUACUUGAUGUUUCAGGAAGCAUGGCCACUUAUAAUCGCAUAAGACGACUUUAUCAGGCUGCAGAAGUCUUCCUUAUUCAGAUCAUUGAGCUGCAUUCUUAUGUUGGAAUUGUCCAGUUCUCCGAUACUGUAUCUGUUACAUCAAACCUGGUGCAAAUAGUCAACGACGACAGUCGACAGACACUCAAAAAUCUUCUUCCAAAAACUGCACAAGGAGGAACAGACAUUUGUUUAGGAAUUCAGACUGGAUUUCAGGUUAAUCUUCAACAUGAUGGAUCCUCGUAUGGUUCUGAAAUUAUUUUAGUAACAGCUGGAGAGGACAAUUAUGAUACUUCCCUUUGCUUUAAUGAUAUAAAAGUCAGUGGUGCAAUUGUACAUACCAUUGCUCUGGGACCAACUGCUUCAUCGGCGCUAGAAGAUAUUACAAAAAUGACCGGAGGAUUACAAUUUUUUGCAACAGAUAACGCGGCUAUGAAUGGUUUGGUUGAUGCUUUCAGUGGAAUAUCAUCUGGAAGUGAGGAGAUAUCUAAACAGGCUAUUCAGCUGGAAAGCACUGGCUUAAACCUUGCACCAAAUCAGUGCUUGAAUGGCACAGUUUACAUUGACAACACUGUGGGGAAUGACACCUUUUUUCUUGUAACUUGGCAAAUGGCAGUGCCAGCUAUUAACUUACAAAACCCAAAGGGAAAAAUAUACACUGCUGCAAACUUUGUCACUGACCCCAGGUCAUCGAGGCUUCCAAUCCCUGGAACAGCAGAGAGAGGACCUUGGCAUUACAGCCUUUGCAACCAAUAUCUAGAAAACCAAGUCAUAGGCAUAAUUGUGAACUCCAAGGCAGCAGAUGCAAAUGUGCCACCAAUUACUGUCAACGCCCACAUAAACAGGGACAUAAACCAGUUCCCCAAUCCAAUUGUUGUCUAUGCAUCAGUGAGUCAAGGGUUUUUACCAGUGAAGGGAGCAAAGGUGACAGCGACUAUUGAGCCAGCGACGGGCAGUGCUGUCACGCUAGAGCUUUUGGACAAUGGAGCAGGUGCUGAUAUUGUGAAGAAUGAUGGCGUAUAUUCUAGAUAUUUCACUGCUUUCACAACAAAUGGACGCUAUAAUUUAAAGGUUCAGGCUGAAAGCAAACAGAAUAGAAGCCGUCUAGCUUUCCCGUGGAGUCGCGCUCUUUAUGUGCCUGGCUAUAUAGAAAAUGGUGUGGUGGACAUGAACCCACCAAAUCCUGUAAUCAGUGACGAUGACAUUGCGAUUGACUUGGGAGCUUUCAGUAGAACAGCAUCAGGUGGAUCUUUUUUGGUCACUUCUGUACCUCCUGAUCCACAACCUGACAUCUAUAAGCCAGGGAGAAUUAGUGACUUAAAGGCAACAAUUGAAGAAUCAGCAAUUGUGUUAUCCUGGACAGCAACCGGUGAUGACCUGGACCAAGGAAUUGCAUCAAGAUAUGACCUAAGAAUGAGCAACAGUCUUAAAGACCUCAGAGAUAACUUCGAAAAUUCCACCUCAGUGGACAUUUCCAGUCUAACACCACAGCAGGCUGGAUCCAGCGAAACAUUUACCUUUGUUCCUGAAAAUAUUGUUAUAACAAAUGGCACCAUCCUAUAUUUUGCUCUGAUUGCUUUUGAUAAAGUGCCACAGAAAUCCGAUCUAUCUAAUAUAGCACAGGCGGCUCUUCUUAUUCCUUCAACUCCAGAACCGACAACUGAACCAACUACCACACCAUCACCUACUCCACCACUUUCCAAAACAAUUGGGCCAAAGGUUAAAUUAUAUAAAAUGAACAUAACACAUCAGGCACUGAUUAUAUGCUCAGCAGUAAUUAUAAUUUCUAUUACUAUAAGCGUCACUGUUUGCUUUUGGUGUAGCAAAAAGAAAAAGAGAAAUCCAGAAAUGUACUUUUAAAAAAGUUGAGCGGAUAUCUAAAGCAUAACUCACAGCGUUUCCAUAUCAAUGUAUUUAUAAAGUGCUAGAAAUUAA